GUGGCAACAAAAUUGUGGCAAGCUACAUCAAACAAUGUGUCACAUGCAGAAGAGCUCGCAGACCUACAGAAACACAAAAGAUGGCAGAUCUACCUCCUAACCGUGUCGAUCCCUCACCACCAUUCUCCUUCUGUGGGAUGGAUUGUUUUGGGCCAUUUCUGACUAAACAGGGUCGUAAAGAGCAUAAGAGAUAUGGUUUGAUAUUCACCUGUCUAUCCUCAAGAGCAAUCCACAUUGAAAUAUUGGAAGAUCUAACAACUGAUGCCUUCAUAAACGCACUGCGGUGUUUUAUAGCUAUUCGUGGAGCUGUAAGACAAAUCAGGUCAGAUCGAGGGACAAAUUUUGUUGGGGCUAAAAAUGAACUCACAAAGGCUUUAAAAGAAGUUGAUAAAGACAGGCUGACGUCUUACCUGGCUGAGAAACAUUGUGACUUUAUCAUGAACGUACCUGAUGCUAGUCACAUGGGAGGGGUUUGGGAACGGCAGAUAAGGACAGUUAGGAGCGUCCUCAGCUGUGUCCUCUCCAAGAGUGCUGGAAGAUUAGAUGAUGCUUCUUUAAGAACAUUUUUCUAUGAAGCGAUGUCAAUAGUAAACAGUCGCCCCCUCACUACUGACAGCAUCAAUGAUCACAAAAGUCUAGAACCACUUACUCCAAACCAUUUGCUGACCAUGAAAAGCUCUGUUCCGCUUCCUCCUCCAGGAAAAUUUGUGGCAGAAGAUGUGUACGCCAAGAAAAGGUGGCGCAGGGUACAGUACCUGACAGAACAAUUCUGGAGUAGAUGGAAGAAAGAGUAUCUGGCAAACAUUAUCCUCAGACAACGCUGGCACUCUGCAAGGCGUAAUGUGCAGAUUGGCGAUAUAGUCAUUGUCAAAGAAGAUGAGGUGCCCCGUAAUGAGUGGAGAAUUGGCAGGGUACUAGAUGUUUGUAAAGAUGAAGAUGGGUUGGUGCGUAAAGUUACAGUACAAAUGGGAAACAGAAAGCUCAAGAAAGAGAGUUCAUCCAUUUUUGAGCGACCUAUUCAUAAGUUAGUUGUACUUGUAGAAAACAACUACAAUGUGUUGUAAUGGAACUAAUAUCUAAGAACCUACAAGUAAGGACAGUUUAAAGUGGCAGUGUUGACCUGAGAGGUAUAAAAUACCAGUUGUUUAUUUCUGGAAAUUACUAGAUUUAUUCAAAUGCUUCCAUAAAUGUGUCAUAAAUCAUAGUAAUUUGAUGGGAGUGUAACUGUCUGAGGGACAGUGUUAUAAAGAUUUGCUUUGUGGUCUAUAUUUUUGAUAAUUCCAUAUUAAAAACAUUAAAAAUGUAAUAAAUAAGAGUAAAAAGGGGAUGUUAUAUAUGUUAAAUAUUUUACUUUAAAAAUAAGUUGGUUUAAAAUGUUGUUCUGUAGCACAAAUACCAUUUUUGAUGCGGAGGUCAAAUGACCAGAGUUCAAUGAAGGCCACACCUGUGGCAUUGUGGGUUGAAGACGGACAGAGAGAGUAAAUGUGGCCGCAGAGACACAUGUACGGCUUCAAACUAAAAUGAUGCACGGUUCAAGAGGCGCACACGUUUUCACGGUGUCUUACGAUGAAACGUGGAAAUAAAUGAACAAAGGACAUCUGUAUGAUGCGUGGCCUUACUCCAUUGGACCAGUGUAUUUACAAAUGCCUUCAACUUAAGGAUGUACAUAUAUUUCAGCAUGUGGUGCAUCCCUGAGAACAAUAACUUCGGAUCUGAAAUAAAUUGUUUCAGAAAUAUAGCUUUUGGGAAAAAAGUGGUCUUGUGGUCAACGUAUUCCCCCAAAGGCACAACUUACCCCGCACCAGGGGCAAGUUGUGCCUUUGGGGGAAUACGGUGGGGUAAAUUGUGCCAGUGAUUUCUGAAGGAAAACAGAACAUUUUAAUGUUAUGAACUGUAAUAAUGCUAUAUGAAAGCAAGACAAAUUCAAUAUAAAAUUACUCAUUUAAGGUUUAUUUAGAUAUUGUCACCCUAUUAAACUGUUGGAAUAAGUCAUAUUUUGUAGUUUUUGGGAAAACACAAAAAACAAAUACAUAAUAUAUGAUAUUUGUGAAUCAUUUCAGGCAAAACGGCUUUGGCAAUAGAUGCCUGUUGACAUACAUAGAACGCUGUCUGUCAAUUAUGUAACAUAACAGAAUAAAGUGACUAGGCUAAUUUCGAAAACAUCCUAUUGUGACUUAGGCCACUUAAAAACUUAAUAAAACUUCUCUUUAAUAUCAUAGUGCAAACUCAAAACUGAAAUAAGUGUUAGCUAAAUUAAACAAAUGGCAGGUAGACCUAAGUCAAACACUGAUAAGGCAUGCCCAUCUCCUUACUUCUCCAGAUUGCAUACUCAAAAGCCAGCUCACAGCAUGUCAUUGCACUUAUGCUGUGAAACAUUGCUGCUAGUGCCUUUAUAUGGUCUAAAGGCUCUGUCUCCAUGUAUUCUUUGAAGACUUGGUUGGCAAAUCCUGUUCUCUUAUGCCCGGUCUUUGUUACUUCUCCUAUCUUUUUCUUCUCCAUGAAUCUUUUCAAGGUCAUCCUGCAGAUCUUCAUCUCCCUUGCCACCUGACGCAUGGUCAGGUUGCACCUCUUUCACUGCUCUGUCCAACUCCACAAGAGGAGUUGAAGCCAUGUCUCUCUUCCGUUUAUAAGUGCGUGGCAUGAUGGGUUUUGGUCUAAAAUUAAGAAUGUCACAUAGUUUAAGUGCUAAAAUGUAAGAGUACAAUGUGCAAUUACGAAUUAAUAAUAUGUUGAAAAUAAUCAUAAGUGGGGGUGCCACUGGCACAACUUAAACCAGGCCCUUUGGCAAAAAUCGCCCCAGACCCACAAGUUUGAAAAACUAGCAUGAUCCAGCAGUUAAGAGCUAACAUCAUGCUAACUCUAUAGACUCAUUGUGUAGCCUGCUAAGGCACUAAACAUUGUGUGAAAUGUUUUCAAACUUGUCUAUAAUUGUUCAGACACUACAAUCAAAAAACCUUAAUCAUAGAAAUUGUACUUUGAAAGGAAAAAAACUGUUUUUUUUUAACUAAAAUGUGCUUACCUCUCAUGCCAUGUGUCUCUCUUCUUUGGAGGAUGAGUAAAAUAGAUGGCUUUUCAAAAUUAUGUGGUCACAUGACCAAUUUCUUCUAUGGUUUUCCAGAAACAAGGGGUGGAUCUACUUCCCCCCUGGCACAAAUCACCCCACACUCCCCUACUAUUGAAAAAAUAAAUAAAACUUGGAUUAUCUGGAAAAUGCAUCGUCACAAAGCAGAAAACAAGUUUUAAAAUGAUUUUGGAGAUACGUGAUUCUCACAGCACAGCGAUGCUACAAACGUGAUGAUCUAGAAUAUGAUGCAUUUCUGUAGAUGAAACUACCCAACAGUAGCUUAUAAAAGAGUUAAAGUUAGCACAUUUUAAAACAUCUAAUUCACAGCAGUAAAAUGCAACAGAAUGCAGCAGUAAUAUUAAUCCAGAAACAGCAUAAGUAGGCCUACUGACAGGGACCAUUUUUCUGCAUGAGUACUUUUACCUACGUAGCCUAGAUUUUGUUGAUAAUACUUUAAGUAAGGUUUUGAAUUUCGGUCUUUUAGAAGUAUUUUCACAGUGUGGUAUUGCUAUACUUUGACUUUGGUAAAGGAUCUGAAUACUUCCACCACUGAUUUUCUUUUGUGCCUUGCUUUUCUCACCAUGUUUUGCUUUGUUGAUUUAAAUUUGUUAUGAAGAUGAGCUAUAUACAGUAUGUAUCGAGUAUAAUCAUAUAUCAGCAAGAAUAAAAUGAGGAAACAAUAAUAAAAUACGUAUAUGCACAAUAACACACGUAUGCAAUAUAAUAAUAAUAAUAAUAAUAAUAAUAAUACAUUUUAUUUAAAGGCACCUUUCUUGGCACUCAAGGACACUGUAUAGUGAUACAUAAGACAUUUAAAAACAGCAUAAAAUAAAGAACACAACAAUAAUAACAACAACAGAAAGAGGCCAAGCAAUUUACUUUAAGUGGAAUAGGCAGUUUUAAACAGAUGUGUUUUGAGUUGCAAUUUGAAAUGGGGGAAUGAAUCGAUGCAUAUCACUAUAUAUAGUGAGUUAAACUUAAAUUAUAAGACUAAAAUUAUAAUUUGACAAAAGUGUUUUCAGAACCUAUUUAGGAGAAGAUGCAGAGUUCUUGCAAUAUCAUA